AAAUAUGAAUUACAUAUAUAUAUUUUUUUUUUGAAGAAAAUAUGCUGGAGUUGGAAAGAUCGAGAAGCAAGACUGGACUGGAAACUGAAAGAGACAGGGAGGGCUGAGGUGGAGUGAUGCAUGUAUUGCUGGAACUGCAGUUAGUUAGUGGUUUCCUCUUGUGCUUCCUCUUCUGAGAGCUCUCUCCUCCCCGGGGGAAGGCUUAUCUCUCUCCUCCCCAGAAACGCAGAAUAUACUUGGUGUUUGGGCUUUUGAAUUACAACAUUGCAGAUGGCUGUAGACUGACUCAUGCAUGAGUCUCAUCUGGGUUCUAAGUAUGUUCCCAUUAUGCUGACUGACUGAUGUGCACUGGAGCCUCUUCCCACUGAUAAGAAAGACAGUUUCAAUGAAACCUUGUUUCCCAGAUGCCUCCUUUUUUCCCCACUGGUCAGGCGAGCGACCAUCAAGCCAUCUGCUCAUAGAGAGAUCUCUGGGAGAAGCUUUAGGCUCAAACAGGUUUGGCUGCUUCUUGUGCCUUUAUAGCCACAGCCGCUCUGAUCAUCAGUAUUGACUAGUGCUGCCUGGAUUGCUACGCACAAAUGCGUUAUCUUGCCUUUAUUUUCCAGGCUGUUCUCUCUUGGAACCACCCAACGAUGCUGCUGGAUUUGAAGCCAGGACUGCAUUGGAGAAAUUUAUACUCCCAUCCCUGAGGAAGGAGGAAGACUGCCUCUGGCCCUUUAAGGUCGGCUUCCCCGCACUGGUCGCCUCCGCAGCCCAGACCCUUUUCUUCAGGCCGGGACGUUAGCUCGGCUGGCGACCUUCGGGCGGGCUCCGCCCAGCAUCAAUCAAAGAGCAGAGGCACGGCUGCUUAGCAACCGCGGAGGGCGGGAAUUUUUGAACACUCUAGCACCGCCCCCAACGCAAACGGACAAAUCAGAUCUCAGAGCCCUCAUCGUCUUCCCGCUGGAGAGCGAGGCAGACUCCUUCCAGCCAAUAGCGGCCGAGUGGGCGGGGCGAGCCCGCGCGGCCCACGCCCACAGGCUGGCUGGCCCUUCCCACAGGCUCGCGGCGGUUGGUCAGGGAGCUGGGUCGUCGCUGUGACGAGAGUCGCCAUGGCUUUCAGAGCGACCCCAGGCCGGACGCCGCCGGGACCCGGACCCGGACCCGGGGUCCCCUCAACCACCUUCCCCAACCCCCAGCCCCCAAUGGCGGGGCCUGGAGGUAUCGAGGAAGAGGACGAGGAGGAGCCGGCCCAGAUCCAUCUGUGCGUGCUGUGGAACUCGGGAUAUCUGGGCAUUGCUUACUAUGACACGAGUGACUCCACUAUCCACUUCAUGCCAGAUGCCCCAGACCACGAGAGCCUGAAGCUUCUGCAGAGAGUUCUGGAUGAAGUCAACCCCCAAUCAGUUGUUACAAGCGCCAAACAGGAUGAGGCUAUGACUCGGUUUCUAGGGAAGCUUGCCUCCCAGGAGCAGAGAGAGCCAAAGGGACCUGAAAUCAUUCUUCUGCCAAGUGUGGAUUUUGGUACAGAGAUAAGCAAGCAGCGUGUGCUCUCCGGAAACUACUCCUUCAUCUCAGAGGCCAUGACUGCUACUGAAAAAAUCCUUUUCCUCUCCUCCAUUAUUCCCUUUGACUGUGUCCUCAUGGUCCGUGCACUUGGAGGACUGCUCAAGUUCCUGAGUCGAAGAAGAGUCGGGAUUGAACUGGAAGACUAUAAUGUCGGUGUCCCUAUCCUGGGAUUUAAGAAGUUUGUAUUGACCCAUCUGGUGAGCAUAGAUCAAGACACUUACAGCGUUCUACAGAUUUUCAAGAGUGAGUCUCACCCCUCGGUGUACAAAGUAGCCAGCGGGCUGAAGGAGGGGCUCAGCCUCUUUGGAAUCCUCAACAGAUGCCGCUCUAAGUGGGGACAGAAGCUGCUCAGGUUAUGGUUCACGAGACCGACCAGGGAGCUAAGGGAGCUCAACUCCCGUCUGGAUGUCAUUCAGUUUUUCAUGAUGCCUCAGAACCUGGACAUGGCCCAGAUGCUGCACCGGCUCCUGAGCCACAUCAAGAACGUGCCUCUGAUUCUGAAACGCAUGAAGUUGUCCCACACCAAGGUCAGUGACUGGCAGGUCCUCUACAAGACUGUGUACAGUGCCCUCGGCCUGAGGGAUGCCUGCCGUUCCCUGCCCCAGUCCAUCCAGCUUUUUCAGAACAUUACCCAGGAGUUCUCUGAUGACCUGCACCACAUUGCCAGCCUCAUCGGGAAGGUGGUGGAUUUUGAGGAAAGUCUUGCUGAAAAUCGCUUCACAGUGCUCCCCAACAUAGAUCCUGAAAUAGAUGCCAAAAAGCGAAGGCUGAUGGGGCUUCCGAGUUUCCUCACUGAAGUUGCUCAGAAGGAGCUGGAGAACCUGGACUCUCGAAUCCCCUCAUGCAGUGUCAUCUACAUCCCUCUGAUUGGCUUUCUUCUUUCCAUCCCCCGCUUGCCUUUCAUGGUGGAAGCCAGCGACUUCGAGAUUGAGGGACUGGACUUCAUGUUUCUCUCAGAGGACAAGCUGCACUAUCGUAGCACCCGGACCAAGGAGCUGGACGCACUGCUGGGGGACAUACACUGCGAGAUCCGGGACCAGGAGACCCUGUUGAUGCACCAGCUGCAGUGCCAGGUGCUGGCACGGGCUUCAGUCUUGACUCGGGUAUUGGACCUUGCCUCCCGCCUGGAUGUCCUGUUGGCUCUCGCCAGUGCUGCCCGGGACUACGGCUAUUCAAGACCACAUUACUCCCCCUGCAUCCAUGGAGUACGGAUCAAGAAUGGCAGGCAUCCUCUUAUGGAACUGUGUGCGCCGACCUUCGUGCCCAGCUCCACAGACUGUGGAGGGGACCAAGGGAGGGUCAAAGUCAUUACUGGACCCAACUCCUCAGGGAAAAGCAUAUAUCUCAAACAGGUAGGCUUGAUCACCUUCAUGGCUCUGGUGGGCAGCUUUGUGCCUGCAGAGGAGGCCGAGAUUGGGGUAAUCGAUGCCAUCUUCACUCGAAUUCACAGCUGCGAAUCCAUCUCCCUUGGCCUCUCUACCUUCAUGAUUGAUCUCAACCAGCAGGUGGCGAAAGCAGUGAACAAUGCCACAGAACACUCGCUGGUCCUUAUUGAUGAAUUCGGGAAGGGAACCAACUCGGUGGAUGGUCUGGCACUUCUGGCUGCUGUGCUCCGUCACUGGCUAGCACUGGGACCCAGCUGCCCCCACGUCUUUGUGGCCACCAACUUCCUGAGCCUUGUUCAGCUGCAGCUGCUGCCGCGAGGACCCCUGGUGCAGUAUUUGACCAUGGAGACUUGUGAGGACGGGAACGACCUUGUCUUCUUCUACCAGCUUUGCCAAGGUGUCGCCAGCGCCACCUACGCCUCCCACACAGCGGCCCAGGCUGGGCUUCCUGACCCACUCAUUGCUCGUGCCAAAGAGGUCUCAGACUUGAUCCACAGCGGGAAGCCCAUCAAGCCCAUGAAUGAGCUUCUGAGGAGGAACCAAGUGGAAAAUUGCCAGGCACUGGUGGAUAAGUUUCUAAAACUGGACUUGGAAGAUCCCACCCUGGACCUGGACGUUUUCAUUAGUCAGGAAGUGCUCCCUGCUGCCACCGCCAUCCUCUGAGCUCCUGAGCACGGGCCUCCCAUCCGGUUCCUUUUCUCCUUACUGCAGUUCUCAGUUUGCACAACAAUAUGUCUUAUGUUAGGAAUAAAGCUUAUUUUGGA